AGCAGAUGAACUCGUUCCAGAGAGGCCGGCUCGUCGUCAUGUUCAUGUGCGAGCCUCGUUAUCUUUAACGUUGUUUAUUUGCAUGAACACGACAUGCCUACAUAGCCAUAUAAACAAAUGCUUUCCCUUCUUGCCACAUUCCCACCUCAAUCCGAAGAGCACCAGCAUGUUCAUCCACUGUGCAGUGUGUGACCUGCCAAGAAAAUCUUUCUCUAAUCCCCCGCCACCACGUUCCGCUGAAUCAUUCCCCAGUUUCUUUAAAGCCUUCAGGGUUUUUUUCUCCAGAUCUUGGGUAUAAAUAGGUGAGCUUAGGGUUCAUGGCCAAACCCAUCGGCAUGUGAAGCAACAACGCGAAACAGGCAUCAUCAUCAUCAUCAUCUUCUUCUUCAGAAGACAAUGGAGGCUCCUAGGUUUCUUCUGGUGUCGUCCCUGAGCUUUGCUCUUCUGUUGAGCGUGGUUUCGGCUCAGCUCAGCACGGGUUUCUACCAGAACACGUGCCCAAACGUCGAGUCCCUGGUCCGGUCGGCCGUGACCAAGAAGUUCCAGCAGACCUUCGUCACCGCCCCCGCGACACUCCGCCUAUACUUCCACGACUGCUUCGUCAGGGGAUGUGAUGCUUCGGUCCUCAUAGCGUCGCCCACCAACACUGCCGAGAAAGACCAUCCCGAUGAUCUGUCGCUCGCCGGCGACGGGUUCGACACGGUGAUCAAAGCCAAGGCAGCAGUGGAUAGUGUUCCUCAGUGCAAGAACAAAGUCUCUUGUGCCGACAUCUUGGCUCUUGCCACUAGAGAUAUCGUUUCGUUGGCAGGGGGGCCAUUCUAUAGUGUUGAAUUGGGGAGACGUGAUGGGAGAAUAUCAACUGAAGCCAGUGUUCAACGCAAGCUUCCUCAGCCUGGUUUCAAUUUGGACCAGCUCAAUACUAUGUUCGCUUCUAACGGUCUCUCCCAAACCGAUAUGAUCGCCUUAUCAGGUGCGCACACAAUCGGUUUCUCUCACUGCGGCAAAUUCUCCAAGCGGAUCUACAGCUUCAGCCCAACAAGCCGGAUCGACCCGACCCUGAACUUCAGUUACGCACUGCAGCUGAGGCAGAUGUGCCCGAUCAACGUGGACCCCCGAAUCGCCAUCAACAUGGACCCCACAACGCCUCAGACGUUCGACAACGCCUACUUCAAGAACCUCCAACAAGGAAAGGGCCUCUUCGUCUCCGACCAGGCGCUGUUCAGCGAUCCGAGAUCGAGGGCCACGGUCAACCUGUUCGCGUCGAACAACGCGGCGUUCCAACAGGCCUUCAUCACCGCGAUCACGAAGAUGGGUCGGGUCGGGGUCAAGACCGGGAACCAGGGCGAGAUUAGGAUUGAUUGCACUCGCCCCAACUAGGACUAUCUCUUUGGUCUAUGAUUUAUUUGUUGUUUCCAUUUUAUGAGUUUGAGUUCUAUUCUAGUAGUCAGUAUUUCGUGAGAGAGCAGAAUAACAGGUUGUUGGCGAAAAUAGUGAGAUUUGAUCAUGGCGAUGACUUUGUAUGAUGGAUCAAAUCCCCUGACGAAUAAGGAAUUCCAAGAAAUUCAUACUUAUGAAUGCAUUAUUUGUUGGUGGUA